AUGUUUUGGCCACAUUCCACUCAGAGUCGUUGGCUGGGCUGGCGGUGGCAUACUCCUUUGUGGCGAUUUCGCAUCCUCCUUUGCAAGCAGCAGUUCGAGCUGCUCGAGUCGUGUAUCCAUCGCAACCCGAGUGCCUUGCCGCUGGUGAGUGGAUUGAUUGUCGAGUUUGGCCGGCACCGUGCACGCGUCUGUCCGUGAUGAGGUCGCGAACGAACUCUGAUUGACUUCACUGCGUUUCGCAUCUCCACUCUCCUCGCCCGUAUUCGACUGAACGAAGAGGGCGCCACGUCUCCCUUGACCUACUUCGACUGCCUAUCUACUUGCUGUCGACUCGCACGACCGUUGUACGAUCUCUCUUGAUCAACACUGAGUGCGCUUGGAACUUCCUCACGUGACCGUCAUUCCGAGCUCUCGGUUGAACCGACGAGCUCUCGUCUCGACCGAUCUCGCCACCAACGCCACCAAUUCCGCAAUCGACUCACAGUAUUUUCAGACCAACGCGACGAAAGGAAUGACUCCCAAUUCCUCCCCAUUCGUGGCUCGGCUAGCACCGCGCACUCAGUCCCUGUCACCGAUUCGAACGCCGAUUGCCGCGACGAAUUCGAAUGUCGAGAGGACGAAGGCGAGCACGCCGAGAGUGAGCAUGAAGCAGCGAGGGUGAGGGCAAUGGCAGGGCAUGGGAGCUUGCUGCACGACGUGAGUCUCUUGUCCUAUCCGUCCUCGGACUCGGGGCAGACCGGACUUUGGCGCGAAUUUUUACUGACGGUUGCUGCUCGCCACCCGCCGUCUGGCUCUGGCCGAGAUUCUAGUUCAAGCGUCGAAUAACGCGAUCAUCGCCAGUUGCACUAGCACAUCCAACUUGGCGCCCAAGACAGUCAGCGCAUACGAAAAAUCGCUCAAAUCUUACACCAAAUUCAUGGCUGAAACGUGGCCCGGCGCUUGCGUUCGACCGAUCGACCCAGAUAUGGUCUUGAAUUUUUUGAGCUCCGAGUCCAAGCGACCCGCGCGCAGAUCAGGUACGGGUGUCGAUCAAGGCGAGGACAUUGAAGGCACGACCAUUGGUGUUUCGGUGCUGAAAAAUGUGAGUAUUAUAUCUCAACUAUGGCUUUUGACUGGCCUCUGCACCUAGCGAAUUGGGCGUCUAUUGAUCGCGCCAUGCCGGCUUCCCCACCGUUCAUAGCAUCUCAACGCCCUCGAACAUGUAAGCUCGCAUGCCUUUCCCUUCGUACCCGCAAUGAAUCUACUCCCUUGAAUAACACAUGUUGCUUGCUUUUGACGUGCUCCAGUACGUGUAAUCGAUUCAAUUGAUCGCACAAGCGUUGCCGGCCGGGGCAAGCUGCGAGAUCUUCCCCCGAUCGGUUAUCUCGAGGCCGGCUGGAAGAAACGCGAGGCCGGUCGAAAGAAGUCCGCCCAGACCAACAAAAUCGAAGGAACGGCAUCCGACAAUGUCACCAAAGAAGAACAACUACAAAUUAGUGAACACCUUCUUUGCCAGGGGCCGACCGGUAAGCUGACUGCCGUACACUCGGUGACCCGGUCGCUUCGCAACCGCGCCAUGUGGCAGUCUCGCUCGCCACGCUAUUCCGCGGCGACAACACUCGUGCUCUCGCCUUCUCGGAUUUGUCAAUGCGAGCGCUCGAACGACCGGAUCACCCGCCGAUCAAGACGCUCUAUAUCGUGGCCGAUUCGGGCAAGACGAACAAGGAAGGUCGUCUCGACUACAAGCCCGUUGCCCGUCAUUUCGACCCUCGUAUUUGCAAUGUCGGCGCGGUCGCCUUCUACAUGUGGUUCCGCGAUGAGUACACUGGAGGACUCCCAUAUGGUUCGUUCGAGCCAGAUUUCUCUAAAGGCAGUUCGAAAUACGGGUAUCGAGAAUGGUACAACGUCCCCUUUUCCCGAGCGCAUUUAGCGGCGACGCACAGCUGCAUCCGAUCUCCUACUCGGGUGAGUCGGCACUCUUGGUGCCUGAUCGGAGGGCGCUUAGAUCGGUCGGUCGCUGACUGAAACCUUUGCUCGUCUUCGCUUAUGCCUGCGAUGGGGAUGGGAUCUUCAACUUUGCACAUCACACUCUUGAGGAACGUCGAAACGGCAACGUUGACCUAGACGAAGAAGAUGGCGUUCUAGUCACACGACUCAUCUCAGUCGCAUUGCUGGUGCCCAAAUGUCGGCGGAGAGAGGCGCGAAUGAAGCCGACACGAAGGCUCUUGAGGCUGGAGCGAUGGCACCUUCCGCAGCGUCUACCAACGUGGCGAUCCAACCACCUCCUUCAUUGCCCUCGCCGGUUUUAAUGGAAAGUUUCCCGAGAGGUACUACGUGCUCGUGAUAUCGAGGCUGGUAUGUCUACUCCUUCAUCGAGCUUUUUGGUCUGGCAAUAUUGACCUCUCCGUCUCGUCGCUUUCCCAGAUGUGCCUGACGAUCUUCAACGACUUAUCUUCCCAUGGGUCGAAGCCGCUUGGCCGAAUUCGAGGAGCGCUUUGAGGCCGAUGAGCUCUGUCAAGACAAGGCGUUGGUUGUCACUUGAAGCUGCUCCAAUGGUUCAGACUCGUCAUCCUUCAAGAUGCGGCGUUUUUGAUUCAAGCCUUUCCAGAUGCACCGAUUUCCAAGCGAGCCUGUUUCAGUCGGACCGAUUUCGAACGUGGGCUCCGCAUUUGUGGCCAGUGUGGAGGGGAAUGGCCGUGAAGAAGCCGCCUCAAAAGUGGUGUACGGCGGCCUCCUUGAUUCCAUCGUCGACAGGCUUGGCGCCCAGCAAUCCUCGGAGCGCCAGUCUGCAACUGCUCACCUUCGCAGCGAUAAUCGUCGAAUCUUGGAACUUCUCAUCGAACAGCAUAAUCGAGGCGGUCACUUUCACGUCAUGUAA